UUCUAAACAUACUUCCGGGUUUAUCUCUGCAGUUUCUGGCCACGCAGCAUUCUACGCACCAGAUUAUCGUACCAGAGGACCCAUGUUGUUUCUCAAUGCUAAAUUGUAUUGGUUUCAUCGGCUGUAAGGAUUGGCCCAUAAAACUAGUGAACUGAGCAGGCCUCAUCGAGAAACACAUGACGACCGGUCCGGCGACCGGUCCUCACAAUCUGCUGCCUUUCAAAUGAAAUCUAUCCACUAACCACAUGCAUAUACAACAAUAUACAAUACCUUUAUUCCUACGGGGUUAGGCUAGGUCAUUGUGCUCCAAGACCAAGAGCAAUACACAUGUAGCUGGUGAGCCUCAGAAUUCACGGAGUAUAUUUCACCUAUUUAGCUUAAUACCUUCGUUCAGCGCAUUUGAUGCAUUUCUCGGACAGCCCCGGGGAAUUUCUUGACUCUCUUUCUAUGAUUGUGAAGCGAGGAAACUGUACUUUCACGUCCUAUUGCAAAUUGUAGCUGUCAGAUCCCAGACAAGAUCAGAUACAGAAAUUUGACAUUCACGAAAGAAGCGCCAACUUAACUAUGAGUAACCAAGGGUACGCUAAUCUCGAGAAUGACGUUCUGACCCCGCAAGAGGAAAAGAUAAGUGGUUGUGUACCAGAAGGUCCAACGACCAACCAGGCUGUACUGAGCCACCCAGUUCUCCCACCGAUGAACAUCGCUCCUGGAGGGCAUCAAAUACAACCACCGACGAACCAAGUAUUGAUGUCUCAGCCACCAUAUCCAUCACAACCCAUGGUGGCAAAUGUACCUCCACGAUCUACGUACACAGUGGCUCCGACUUCAGUCGAACCGAUAAAUACUAAUCAAAACUACGCCACAGGUUCAAGACCUGCAUGGGCCCAUAAUAGUGCAAUGGGACUAAGCAUCACCCUUAUAGUUUCUGGCCUCAUCAUGUUCAUCAUGAACAUCAUUGGCUUGACAACAGGUGUCAAAUUCGCCGUCAGUGGAGCUGGUUUUUGGGGUGGCGCAUUGAUGGUAAUCACUGGUGGCAUUGGGGUAUGUGCAUCAAAAAGAAAGUCUAACUGCACAAUCAUCAGUCUGAUGGUCCUCGCUAUAAUUCUGGCUGUGUUAAGUGCCUGCAUAUUUGGGGCACACACUGCAGGCACUAUUGUUGCAUCAGUUGAUGACAUAGAAUACAUGGAUGAAUAUGACCACUACCACUUCCACGAUUACGAGUCACAAGACCGCCAUGCAGGACAACCUCUAAGAAUUGCUUUUAAUGCAAUUAUGACAAUAUUUGCAUUGGUAGUGUUCCUGGUGUCUAUCAUAGCUUCUGCCUUGUCGUGCCGUGCAGUGUGCUGCCGAUCCAACUCGAAUAUGAUGCAGGUCGUGUAUGUUCCAGCCACUGGAUCCUGUCACGUGGCCCCACUCGCCCAGGGCCAGUUUGUGCCACACGGGGGAAACCUACAAUUUGCCUCUUAUCCACCACAUGGUCAGCUUCAGUCUCAGUACGUUCAGAACCAGGGGACGGUGGUGGGGCAGUCCCAAAAUAUGACGGCAGCAUUUUCACCGCACACUAGAGCAAAUGAUUACAACCCCGUUCACACACAGCGAGCAGACGAACAAAAUACAAAUGCAGCAGGAUGUGAAAGUAGUCCUCCACCGGCUUAUCAAGUAUCAUAA